AUGCGUUUCAUCAACCCCAUUGGCGUUGCGGCCGCCGCUGUUGCUGUGUUGGCAUCACCGAUUGAACCUGUGGAAAACAACACCGUCCUUCCACUGAAGCACGUCUCCUCAGUCAAGUCUGUCAAGGGUAUUGUUAACAAGGGCCUGGCCCGCAUUCAAAAGUUCAACGGCGUGAAGGCUCUUGAAAGCAAUGAUGCCAGCUCCGGUUCUGCUUCAUACCCUCUGGCGGAGACUCAUAACACAGGUGACUACGAUCAAAUGGCGCAUCAAGCAUCAGACCCUGGAUCGUUUUCAGGCGAGAGUCCCAUUGCCGUUGGACAACCUUCAAGAAGACUGAUUUAUUGA